AUGGCCAGCAAGAUGCCCCAAUCAUGGCAGAUGGCCAGGAUCACAUGUGCACCGAGCGGCUCAAGCAGGUCUUACGGCCUCGGCGCCUCAGCAAAGCUCCAACACCGAUCGAUUUCGAGGUGUAUGACGACUGCCGCUCAAUGCCGCAGCGCAAAACCAACCUCUGCCAACAAGACUCAUCUGCCUGGUCAUCCCACCUCUGCCUUUGUGCCAGACUUGAAGGCUGCUUUCGUGGACGCAAAAGUGGGCGGCAUACCGACGUACAGGCUGACGGAUGGUCAUGGAAAGCUGAUAGAGGGGGUGCAGGAGGAUAGUUUGAAGGUGAGAGAGAGAGAGGAUGUCUACAAACCACUUGACGAGAGCUGCCAUUCUGGCGUUGAUGCCAAAAAGGUGAGCUGACUGGAUGUUGCGAUCUGUCAGCUCGGCAAAGAGGAAGCGGUGAGGAUGUAUCGGACAAUGUUGUUGCUGCCCACGCUGGACGUGAUCCUGUACGCCUCUCAAAGGCAAGGCCGCGUGUCCUUUUGGAUGACGAGCACAGGGGAGGAAGCUUCAAUAGUAGGAUCUGCUGCGGCUCUAUCAGACACCGAUGAGGUCUUUGCUCAGUACAGGGAAUUUGGAGUACUCCUUUGGCGUGGGUACACGGUGGACAAUGUGAUGGAUCAGGUGGGUAGAGUGACGUUCUGAAGCAGCGACCGGCGAGUUGAAGGCUCAGCUCCUGCUUUGAUGCCCUCUGGCCAGGUCUUUGGAACUUGCGACGAUCCAGGAAGAGCCAGACAAAUGCCUGUGCACUUUGGCUCAGCGAAGCAUCACUUUCAUACCAUCUCUUCUCCGCUCGCUACUCAAAUCCCUCAAGCUGCGGGUGCUGCGUACGCUCUCAAGCGCACGCCUGGGAGAGAAAAUAAUGUCGUGGUAUGCUACUUUGGUGAAGGUGCAGCCAGCGAAGGGGACGCGCACGCGGGGAUGAACAUUGCGGCCACCCUCAGAUGUCCGGUGCUGUGAGUCGAGUAGCAAAGACGUACUGUACUUACUUUGCAUUCCUCGUUCAUGCUGACUCUGCUUACCUUGCAGAUUCAUCGUGAGAAAUAACGGCUUCGCCAUCUCCACACCCGCUGCGGAGCAGUACAUGGGCGACGGCAUCGCCUCUCGAGGCCCGGGCUACGGAAUGCCUGCCAUCCGAGUCGAUGGAAACGACGCUUUGGCGGUGCGAGCAGCAGUCAGCGAGGCGCGGACACGAGCCAUCAAGGAGCAGAGACCAAUGCUGAUAGAAUGCAUGACCUAUCGGGUCGGUCACCAUUCCACAAGCGACGAUUCCAGCGCUUACCGCAGCGCAUCGGCCGUCGAAAAUUGGAAAAAGGUAGACAAUCCGCUGCAUAGGAUGGCCUCCUACCUCCGAGAUCGAGCCUGGUGGGAUGAUGCCAUGGAAGAGGAGACGAAAAAGGCAUUUAGGAACGAAGUGGUGCGCGCGAUGGGAGUCGCCGAGAAGAAGAAGAGGCCAAACUUGAGCUCCCUCUUUGAGGACACGUGGACCAAAGUGCCUCCAAUCCUGCAAGUCAGUCACGACGAUCGCGGGUGA